ACCCUCUAAUUUCUUGUUACUUGGGAUUGAAAUGUGUGUAAUGCGUUCGUGAAGGAUGUGAAGCAAAGUGCGUCAUGUGAAGUGUGUUUUAGGAAGUGUGUGUGUGUCUUCCGCUUCAUCGUCUUCGUGGAGUGUUCAAACGUCGACUUGGAACCCCUAAAACAGUGCCUGAAGUGAAGUUUGAUCCCUUUACUUAACUUUACCGGCCAGACACGUGCUUCGUAUUUAUAGACAAAGGAAGGAGUGUGGUGAGAGCUAUACCGUGUGUGUCUCGCGUGUGUUUCUUCCAGCGCAGUGUUAGUGUUGCAUGGACUCGAUUUUUACCUUGCAACACACCACUUAGCAAGAUUCAACACAGAAAGAGAUGAGUACAGUGGUGAUUCAGACGAUGGCAGUGAUGGUGGAGGAGGAGAAAUUCUGGCAGUGGUGAUGAUGAACGAACAGUGAUGAUGGUGUUGGAGGAGACGGGCACCAGGUACAUUGUGUGACAUCACCAUCCCUUGAAGUCUGAGUGGUGAGGUCAGUGAGAUAUUCCAAACUAAGCGUACACGCACGCACGCACGCACUCAAACGCGCGCACGCCAUCUGCAAUGUUCCAUCAGUAUCUCUACCACCAUAACACCGUUGCUCCUUCAGCCCUGCUGUUCCCCGCAGUGGACCCCCGCCACCGCUACCUCAUCCACAGCACAGUCCAGGACCACUUCCCAGCUCUCACGUCCGUAAGUGUAGGUGAGGGAGACCAGCGUCGUACAGCUGUCUCAUUCAGGUCUGCCCCAAGCCCCCCGGACUCCCCUCGUAUAAGGCGCCCCAUCACCAAGGAAGAGGGACAUUUGCCGGCCAGUCAGCAGCAACAGCAACAUGGUGUAGACAACAGGAAGGAGUGCAUGCAGUCCUCAGCACAACCAGCCAAACAGGAGCAGCAGCCAGCAGCCCAGCUCAGCACACACAGACAGCAGCCUCAGGCCCAGCACAGCACACAGAGGCAGCCACAAGUGCAGGUCUACACUCAGAGUGCACCGGAGAAAGCACCGAGUAAGGCCCAGCAGGAGGUCAUCAGAGCACCGGCAGCAUCACCUCACACCAACGGAAGUGAGAAGCAGCCAAGGAGAGGAGAGAAACCACACCAGAGACCAACACAACAAUCACAGCAGCCUCCAAGGUUCAGGAACAACCGCAGUCACAGCAGCGGCAGCAGUCAGUCCCGUCAGCGGCAGUGGAGGAGCAGUGUGUCCCCGCAGCACCGCGCAGCAUAUCCGGACACCACCCAGGACACCGGCAAUUACCAGGAUAAAGCCACAAACGAAGAGACACACAGCAAGAGGCGGAGAAACAGAAAGAACAGACGCCACAAAGACAAAUCCGAACAGCCACAGCCAGACAAGAACAGUGAGCAUGUGAACGGCAGACAGGAGAAACAGACGAUACAGGACACAGACCCAGGACUGAGGAGAGUGAUUGAAACAGUGACAAUAAGGCAGAACGCAGACCCUGGGCAGAGGAGAGUGGUUGAAACAGUGACGAUACGAGGGUCAGGCAAGGCAAGUGACGAACCCAGUGGUGGCAGAGUGUCGCAUAGAUCAGAGUGGACCAACAGUGCCGGGGUGGGUGACGGUGGGCUACGCAAGAAGUUCAAGGCAGUGGGGGAGGCGUCCAGUGCCUUGAGAACCAACACAAGGAGACAAGGCUGCACAAACUCAGGCUACAGUGAGGAGUGUGAGAGCAGGUUGUACAGUGGUGGUGGGAGCAGGAGUGUCACCACCUCCCCCAGCAGACAGGGUCACCACACUAUGCCAGUCACCAUGCCUCCAGAAACCAACAGCAACAGGAGACGUGGCAAAGCCUCAGCCCAGAUUUACCGGCCACCCCCAGCAAGAGGCAGCUACGAGGAGGGCAACAGCCCUGCCCACCACCCCCACAGUCCUGCACAUCACCGCACAGGCCCUCAGGAGUCCCUUGGUUACAACACCUACCCUGGUGUGGGCAGGCAGCGCACCGACAGCGAGUGCAGCAACGCCACCAAUGCCAGUGACAUAUACAACAAGGGGCGAGGGAGACGGCCAGACCAGGUGCUGUAUGUGCCAAGGGGGAGGAGACACGCCCCCUCCAACACCUCAGGCUCAGCACGUGCCACCCCCACCCCCCUGCUGGACCUGGAACCCCUGGCCCGCCCACCCUCCCCAACCUACUCCAUCUGUUCUAUUGCCUCUGAGUACAGUGGCAGGAACAGGUAUGGUCGGCAGGGCAGCCAGGCAUCCCUGUUUGAUGGGGAGAAUGAAAGCAGGGUGAGGGGUAAGCCACCUCAGGCUAAAGGGGAACACAAUGGCAGGGAAUCAACAGGGGGGAACCACAGGCAGCACAAGGGCGGGACAGGGGGCGGGCGAUUCUCCAACCAGACGUACCAGUUGAUAGAACGCUGCCUUAACCAGGACACAGACUCCCGGGGGGGCGAUGACGGGCCCCACCCUUCAGAAUACCACAAGGGGCAGAGUGGCCAAAAGAGCCCCGCCCCACCUCGAGAUGGCCACCACAGUGUCCACAGCAAGGAGAACAUCAUGGCCCCCCAGGCAGAGUCAGGGCGGCGGUCCAAGAAGAGGAGAUCUCGGAGGAAGCACUCACGUAGCCGGGAGCCAAGCAGUGACCACCACAUGCCCAGGAUGGGUGAGCAGCCCCCCCGGGCACCCACUCCUUUGGAACGAGGGGCAGGGAGCUGUGAACGCAUCUUCUACAACAGCACUUAUGAGCGCCAAGACCGUGGGUAUGAUAACUAUGACCGCUACAGCAGCAGUCGCGCCAGCAGCCGCAACCCUAGCCUGGAGCGCUCCCCACACAACCCCAGCAUGGAGCGCUCCCCACACAACCCCAGCCUGGAGUGCUCCCCACACAACCCCAGCCUGGAGCGCUCCCCACACAACCCCAGCCUAGAGCGCUCCCCACACAACCCGAGCCUGGAACGCUCCCCACACAACCCCAACCUCAACUGGAGAGUGGGAGGCAUGGGAGGAUCCAACCCCAUGACUCCCACUAAGAGCAAUGCCCCGUACUGUCCCCCACGCUUCCGGGGCUCUCAGGGCAAGCCUCCCUCAGGAAGGCUUGGGUCACUGCCUAAUGUGGCGCUAGACUUUGGGGAGAGUGGAGAUCCAGUGAGGGAGCCCAUGGACCACUGCCACACCCUUCCUGUCCACCUUCCCAGCACACUCAGGAGGGAGGAGGCCCUCGCACGAACAAGUCCACCAACCACACCCUCUUUGCCAGAGCAGGACAUUGCCAGCUUGGACAACUCCAUGACAUCCAUCAUGAGUGAUGGCGCAGCACCUCUGGAUAAUAGCGAUGCUGACAGCCAGAGUCAGAGCAUCAAGACACCCUCCAGGGAAUCCUUAAACAAUGCAGCGAGGUCUCCAGGGCCGAGCAGCGAGCCAAGUCUCUGCAGCAGCCCGGUCCGUCCAUUGGAGGAGAGCAGCAGUAUACAGGACUCAGCAGACCACACCGCAUUCAGCCACACCAACACAGAACACACGGAGACUUGCCUAGAUCACAUAGACAGUAACCAAACUGACACAGACCACCACAGCCCCAAGCCAGACCCCUCACCAAAGGAAGCCUGGGAUUACCCGGAGACUGAAAACCAAAAAGAGUUAAGAGAGACACCUCAGCCAGCCAGCACUGAGGAGCAGAACAGCGCCACAGAGGAACGUGAAGAGAAGAAGGCGAGCAAGAAGUUUGCAUUUAACUGGGCUGAUGAGGUUGAGGACUCUUGGGACAGCCUCUAUGAUGACUCGGGGGACUGCCUCGACCCCGACCUCAAGCAGCAGCUCAGCGACACCCUCGGCAACGUCAAGUUGGAGAAACCCGUCAAUGAUUACUGCCGCUUUCAGGCACGCUCCGAGGCCGAGAUGAACGAGGAUGACUAUGCACACGUCAUCGAGAUAUACGACUUCCCCACCUCGUUCAAGACUCAGGACCUCAUGAUGGUGUUUGGCCAGUUCCAUUCCAAUGGUUUUGACAUCAAGUGGGUGGAUGACACUCAUGCCCUCGGGAUCUUUUCUACAGCUCUCAGUGCUGCUGAGGCGUUGGACGUGAGGCACCCAUUCCUCAAGACCCGCACCCUGUCCAGCGCCACCAAGACCUCUCGUGCCAAGGCCAUGCGGAUCACCGACGCCCUGCUGCCCUACAAGCCCCGACCAGCCACCUCGGCAACCCUGGCUCGCCGCCUGGUGUCUGGGGCGCUCGGCCUUAAGGUCAACAUAUCAAGAGAGGUCAGGGAGGCUGAGAGGCAAAAGCUCAAGGAUGCCAAAGCACGCAAGAGGUUGGAAGCCAAGCAGCGCAUGGAGGCGUGGGAAGGAACUCUGAAAUAAGUGUGUGUGGCAGGAGGACACAGCACCUCCGUCCGUCAGUCAGCUCUCUCACGCCCAGCCAGGAGACACAAAAUUCCCCUUUUCUCCUGUAGGGCUGGUCUGUGGCUGCCCCGCCCAUGUCCCUCAGUGCGGCAAGCCUUGGCGAUGAAGUCAGGUUAUCCAGGGUGUGUUGUUUAGUGUAAUUGUUUUGAUAUUCUUGGUUGUACUGCUCUAGUUGAUUCUUAUAGUGGGAAUAAGUCCACUGCCAAGGAUUUACCAGUGCACCAGGCAGGAAAAUAUGAUAUCGUUUGGAGAAUAGUGUUGGUUGUACUGUUUUAGUUUAUUCUCCCAAGACCAGAGAGAUCAGUGCCAAGGACUAAGCAUGAAGUAGCAAGGGAAUAACGUAGCUUUGUGCACUGACCAACAGUUUACAGAAAGUAUCAAAUACAUGUAGGUUGUGCAAUAAGCAAGGAAUCAUCAGUGGUAAGGGUGAUCACUUGAAUAUAAUGUUAACUUGACAUCCAGGGUUUAUUAUAAUUACUAGUAAAUUAAGAGGAAGUACCCCCCAGACUAUUACUAGAAGUUGGUUACACAUAUGUAUAAUGUAUGUGUAUAUACAUAGGAAUAAGGUAGUGUGUGAGCGACGUUACCACAGAUGGGUUGAAGCAAGUGCCUGCAGUGUCACCUCAAGCACCCUCUUCUCAGGUAGUCUUUUAUCAUGUAGUGUACCAAGGCAACAGGACUCGUGCAGUAUCUCAGCUGCUUUCAUCUGUGCACUGCAAAUUCAUCACCAGUGGCAGUUGGUAGAGCAAACUGGAUAUUACAGAAGCCAGUUUAUGACAACAGUAUAUAUAUAUAUAUAUAUAUAUAUAUAUAUAUAUAUAUAUAUAUAUAUAUAUAUAUAUAUAUAUAUAUAUAUAUAUAUAUAUAUAUAUAUAUAUAUAUAUAUAUAUAUAUAUAUAUAUAUAUAUAUAUAUAUAUAUAUAUAUAUAUAUAUAUAUAUAUAUAUAUAUAUAUAUAUAUAUAUAUAUAUAUAUAUAUAUAUAUAUAUAUAUAUAUAUAUCACACACAAUCAGGAAUGUGACAAUUUAAGAUAGUGGUAAAUUUAAGUUGGUGCCAAAAUCUAUUUUACUUACCUCAUUCUUAAAGAUACAGUGAUUCAUCUAGUAAUAGAAAUUUUUCUGUUCUUUUAAAGUGAUACAUGUAAAAAAGAAAUUCUGAUAAUCUGGACUUUAUCUAUAAUAGCUGCAGUGAAAAGGCACUCAACUAUGAAUGUGGCUCAGCUUGCCCCCAGCCAGACUUUAGGCCAAGGAUGGUUUAGUGUCACCAGUCAGAGCAAGGUAUUGGUGAAUGCUAUGCUUCUGGUAGAGUAGAAUACAGCAGGAAUACUGACCCAAAGGUAGUGAGUUUUUUCAUUGAACUGACAAGACCUUAAGUGAUAGAUAAGUUGUUUCAAGAGGGAGAGGCUGACAGCUGUUUCCUGCAAGCACUGUGUUUGGUCCCAUGCCUUGAAGACUUCCACCAUCUCUCAUGUUUGCUCCUUCAAGUCCAAUUCAAGGCUCAUAAAGCUCAAUGCUAUAUAAAUAAGGCUGCCACUGCCCUUUGACCAAUACUAGCAGCAAGAAAGAUGCUGGGGUAGGUAGUAAUUCAUUUAUGUACUGAUGGUCACUUGUAACACCAAGGAAAGGCUGAGUAGAAUGGAAACAAGUUGUAGCUGAAUUAAUUCAUGCUAUGGCAUUUUAAUUUUUAUUGUUACUUUAAAGAAUAUCCUUCUGGGGUUGUUUAGCUGCAAGGGAGGUUCAUGUACAUCACAGUACAUGCUAAAUACAUGCAUUUUAAUCCUAAUAUGAUUGAUGCUAGUGUGUGAAUAUGCUCUUGAAGUGAAAUGGUUUGAAUAUAACUUAAGAUUCAUUGUAUGUCUUAAUAUUUUUAAUUUAUUGUAUUUAUCGAGUUCCGUGAAAUUUCUAUGUCAAGGAAAAAACUGAGUCACUGAUAAUGAUAGUCAUAUUCCAUAAUUAUGGGCAUUAUGACAUUCUAGUGUGUAAUGAUUAAUUGGGAAAGUGUUACAGUGCAAAACUGUAUAGUAAUAUAAUCAAAUGACAUCUUAACUAUUUUAAUAGUGAAGAUCUCACUUUACAUUUAUGUUUUAAAGUAUGACAAUGAAAGUAGAAUUGUAUGCGUUUAUACGUGUGUGUGUGUGUGGAUGUGUGUGCAAUAUUGAGACUGCUACUCCUUGCUGUACUGGAACAACUGUUACCGAGCUGAUGGCAGGGACAGGCAGGCAGGCAACUUGCCGAGACAUAUGAUGGCGUGAAAGGUUUUUUCUUUAGUUACCAUAGGCUCCUUGUCAUGUAGAGGGUCAGUGCAUUGAAGAGUUCAGAGUAUGUUUCUUCUGUACAUAUAGGUUACAUAUUUUUAGACUCAGAAAAGUUAAUAUUCAAGACAUUUGGGCGAUGUGUAUUUUCCGGCCCCAAGCCAGUAAUGUGAUUGAUGUGUCGGAAGGAGGAUAUAUUUUUGUACAUCUUUCACAUUGUCUCUUCCUGAAACUUGUCAAUUAUUAUAAUAUGUGAUUAUAAAGCAUUUUUGUUUUA